AUGACGGGCCACACAAGUGAAGUUAUCGAGCUCUCGUUCCCGCUGCCUCGGGCUCUAGAUACUCGCAUAUACGCGCACUUGACUAUCAGAGAGAAAUCCAUCGUCGUUUUCGUCACCACAUCUACCACGGAUGAUCUCUCAACCCCUCCUUCCAUGGGCUCAUUUAAAUUCAAUCCUAACCAACCCAUCUCUACUCCCAUCUAUACCCAGGAGUCGAAUCUGGAGUUUGCUACGCGCAUAGCCAAGCUGCUGGCCAGAAAGACUCAGCUCCCCACCUACGUCGGAAGCUCGCUCAACCUGUCCAACAUGGGAAUGGGCGGAACCCCCGAAGAGGAAAUGGAGGCGUUCAAAAAGGUCAUUGACGUAAUCCUCUCCAAGACACAACACAUACUCAAGCCUUCUGAUGCUACUUCGGUAGCGAAUGGCCCUUCCUCUUAG